CCCUUUGUAUUCACGUUGGCAGCACGCUUGUUAAACUCCCAAACUAUGUAACGAUUGAAACAAUAGCCUUUGUUUUUAAUUUGACCAAUUACAUUACAUUUCGACAAGGUGAGAUCCAAAUCCUAUGUGUUUAUAAACUGUGGUAAUUUGUAUAAUCUUUACUAGCUACUUGAGUUGUUGACUAAGAGACAGACACUAGUUAUAUUGAAUAUGGCAGGAGUAUUGAAUAAUAUGAACGUGGUUGCCUCGCCAGACUCCACCGUUCAUGAAGCUGUUCCAGAUAGUGUUUCUGUUAAACUGGUGGAGCCUCAGGAUUCUGAUGAUGUUAAAUGUGUUACAAAGGGAAUAAAAAUUGAAUCACCGACCGAAGCACCGAAAGUCAAUAAGCGAAAGCGUCCACGACCAGACUAUAUGAGGCGUGUCAAGUCACCGUUUUCUUACAUCGAGAUGAUUACCUUUGCCAUUGUGUCGAAUCCCAAUACCAUGAUGACGCUACAGAACAUUACAAAUUUCAUGCCAAAAGCUUUUUAUUGCCUUCGUGGGGGUUAUGAAGGAUGGAAGAACAGUGUGCGUCAUACUUUGAGUAUCAACGAUUGUUUCAAGAAAGUUCCACGUCAUCCCGACAGGCCUUCAGGAAAAGAUAACUUUUGGAUUAUGAAUGAAGAUUGUAAACACUGUAAAGGAAUGGGGAAAGGUUGGGUGGACUUAAAAUUACGUUAUCAGAAAUAUGUACGGGAAUUGAUGGUUGGUUCAUCAGGCGUGCAAAUUACAUCUCAACCCAAUGUAAGAUUUGACAACAAUCAUCAAAAUACAAGAUCACCUCAAGCUGCAGUGAGUUUGGUUUAUCAUCAGGUUGAAUACAACCCCAGUGUUUAUCUUAUGCCGAAUGUUACCAAAUAUCCAGUUGAUCUUUCCACUACAACACAUAGGCCUAGUCGAAAGCGACCAUCUUUGGAUAAUGAACCACUUGAUCUUAGUGUAAAGAAAUUUAAACCUUCACCAUCGACUUGUGCAACAACUGGACACGUACGUUCGCCAAACGGAUCUUGUUCGCCAAUGAGAUCUCCACUUUCAAUUCCAGAACAUUGUUUAUUUAGAACCAGGCUUCUGAAUAACAUCAUGGCUCGGCGUAUGUAUGAAUGCGAUCAAGAUGGACAAAUCAAAUUGGUGCAAAGUAUUGAUGACGCAAGACGGCCGAUUUAUAUACUGUGAGCAGCAUAAAUGGUCCAGUUCACACACGGAGCAAUAUUUACUGAGUAUCGGUGAUUGACGUGACAAAAAUUGUGCCCUGAACAAAAGUGAUUUAGACCUAUCUAAGCCUUUCAAAUAUUGAUAGACAAUUUUAUCAAAUCAACAUGAGGUUUAGACAAGACAAUAUUGUAAAUGUACAGAAAUAUGAAUAUGCACCAAGUGCUUUCAACGAUCAUCGCGAAAAAAAUAAUUAAAUUAAAUGAAUCAAUCUGAAUUAUUAUGAGUAUCAAAAACUACUAUAUCUCAGCGUGUUAUUGCUGAGUAAUAAUGAAGUAGGUAUCAACAUGUAGAUAAUAUAAAUAAAAUGAUUAUUGAGAAUAUGUGAAUAUAUUAUGAAUAUGAAGCUUUCGUCCAAUAAAGUGAAUGGUUAUUUAAGAAUUCAGUUAUGUCUUUGUAUGUUUAAUUUUAUAGGUCUAUAUCUAAUUUAAUUUUGCAUCCCAAAAAAGUGUGUUUAUAGUAAAUAUGUAAAAUUCCUUGUGAUAAAACAAAUAUUACUCACUGUUUUUUGUUGUUGACAGUUCCGCCUGGCUAUCAGUCAGGCUUCGUCAGAAUCUGUGAAGGGUUUCCGCCGAUGCUCGAUGGUAGCGGGCCGCUCCAGCCGUCUUUAAUAGUUGAUCAUAUAAGUGUGAGAGGCGAUGUACGCCUUCGUCACUAUUCAUUGUAGCGUUAUUUCUCCUAAUACAUAUUGAUUCUUUAAUUUUCCGUGUUAGCCACCCUUGUUCUUUAUGUAAGAUAUUGAUGUUCUCCCAGUCUGGUAUGUGAUUUACUUGCG